AUGGGCGACGAGAACGGGUGCCAUUUCUACUGGAAUCCAGAGUAUGUCGAACGUGCUGAUGUCGUCCUAGACCAUUCGUUUAGAGCUUGCUACUUCACCUGGGGAUUUAACGACGAGGAGAAUGAGUACUAUAAGUCUUUUAUCGAGGCUCCUACUCCCGGACACGUACUUCGGGUUCAGAUCUGCAGGCUCUGUAUACAAUACAUCGAGCGGAAGCUUCGCGAACUUGAUCUCGAGAGCCUAGAGAAAAUCUUAUCUGACAUUAACGAAUUUGGUGGAGACCGGGGGAUCGACCGCCCUGGCCUCUUCAUUCUAGCUAAAGCCGCUUUGGCCGAAGCUAUGUAUUGUGUCAAGGCCUUUAGUAUUACUGGAAUAUUUGCGCAAGGCGGUAUAUUGAACAAGCAUACCACUGUGCAGCCGGGCAUGUGCCACCUCACCGACUCGCUUGAUGCAUCUAUGGAAAUGUUCGAUUGGGUCCACGAAUCACGCAUCCCUACUUCACGAGUAAAAAAUGAUGCCGGUGAUGUACGAGAUCGAAGAUCAAGAUCAAGAUGA